CUUCCUCUCAUGGGUGGAGUUUUCACCCUGGAAAGCCACAGAUCUAAGGUCCAAGUUGAGUCUUCAGAACAUACAUUCUAGAAACUAGAAACAUGGUUUUUGACGUUUCCAAGCAGAUGAAGCCAUUUGAGACUGGCGGCUAGGAGGCUCAAGCUUGUCACCCUUGUCCCUGUUCUUCAACCUGGUGAAAGCCUCUCACUAGCAGCAGCUGCAGCCCUGCUCAACUGAGCCCCACAUUUCUAAGGGGUCACCCUGGGCGCUAUGCAGGGGCAGAAGGUCCUCCCUCUGCCACAGAACCCCCCACAGCCCGCGCUGAGGAGCAGUCACCCCAUACCUCCAGACACCAUCCAGCCCCUGCUGAGCCGGGACAUCGUCAACAGCAAGGAGGAUUACCCCCAGCCGGUGGCCCCCAGAGCCCCCUGUGGCGCCCCUGGUCUGGGCCAGGGCUGCUGGAGCCUGGAUGUGAAGCUGGUCGUGCUGCUGCUGUCCCUGGCUGGGGCGGUCAUCCUGCUGCUGCUGUACAGACUCCUCCAGCUCCGACACAGGCUGAAGCUCGCGAGGACCAGAGACGCUCUGGAGUACUACAGCUUUUGCCACGCUGCCACCUACACCUUUAAAAACCCUGAUCUGCCUCAGGAGCUGCCAGUUAACGGCGACGCUCGACGGCAGGCGCCCCCCGCCGCGGAGCCCCCCUCUGGGGAGCCGCCGCCAAAGCUAGUGAUACACGCUCCCGUCACCCCUCUACCCCCGCCGCCGGCCUCCCAGCCUCCCACUCUCCCUCCCCCUCCACAUCGCGUCCUCCCUCCACCCCCUGUCCUCCCCCCGCCGCCUCUCCCCCCCACGCCUCCCCUCGUGGCUCUCCCUUUCCCCCUGCCCAUCAUACACACCACCCCUCCCAGCCCUCACCUGUCGUGGGGCGCCGGCUCGGACGCGGAGGUCUACUCGCGGAUCGGAGCUUUUCGGCCAUCCAGGUUGUCCAGCCUCAGCCAGACACAGGUGAUCCUGUUUGAACACUCUGCCCUUUGA